AUGCACAAACCAGUUGCAUGGAAUAAUAUGGCCACACUGAGAUUAUUUAAGACAAAGAUAUUAAGUGCUGAAAAUAGAUUAGAACCAAAUAAAAAUAAAACAAUAAUCAUGAGCGGUAGGCAACGAAGCGAUGUGUGGAGCUAUUUUUCACAAAAAGAAAACGUAAAAGCAGUUUGUAAUAUCUGCAAAGCUGAAAUUUCGUUUAAGAGUACAAUAACUAAUUUAAAAAGCCACCUGAAAAGGAAGCACAAUAGCAGCGGAUCAGUAAUACCUCUUGAGUCUGAAACAGCCACCAUUAACACCGAAAGCGCAGAAACGAUUCCUCAGCCAAAUGUAUCCGUACCGGUAAUACCUUCAGCAUCCAGCGGCCAAAAUCGAGUAAAACGGCAACGAACAAUUGGCUCCUACAUUGCUAAAGAAAUAACUUCACACCAAAAGAAUCUAAUUGAUCGGGAUCUUCUCGAUUUAUUUGUGAAGGAAUUUCAUCCAUUCAGUAUUGUUGAAGAACCUUCCUUUCGGAAAGUCAUCAAAUGGAUUCCCGGAUACGAACUUCCUUCAAGGAAGACAAUUUCAACAACAAUGAUACCUGCCCUGUAUCAAAGUUGUGUUGAAAAUGUUCGAGAUUUGGUGUCACGCGAGGCAAUAUCUGUUUGCUUGACGAUAGACUGCUGGACAUCUGCCAACAAUGAGAAUUAUAUGGCAACAACCGCUCAUUUCAUAACUGAAGGGUUUACUUUUAAGACUGUAUUAUUGAAAUGCUCUUAUUUAAGUGGGAGUCAUACGGCCGUUCAUCUCGCGGAGGAGAUAAAAAAUAUAAUAUUGGAAUGGAAUUUAGAGGGAAAGGUAAAUUAUGCUAUUUCGGAUAAUGCAACAAAUAUUACAAAAGCGUUAGCUGAUAUAUUGAGUUUGAAGCAUUAUGGCUGCUAUGCCCAUAGCCUUAAUUUAAUUGUUCAACGAGCUCUUAAGGAACUGGAGCCAACACUAGAAAAAAUUAAAAAAAUCGUAACGUUUUUUAAAAGAAGUUCGUUGAACAAUGAGAAACUCUUGAAGUUUCAAAUAAAUUCAGGUGUUUCUCAACCAAAACGUUUGAUUCAGGAUGUGAGUACGAGGUGGAAUUCUACCUUUUAUAUGCUACGUCGGUUCAUAGAGCUAAAGGAGGCAAUACGAGCGACUAUAGCUUUAGUUGACAGGAAUUUGCCCGUUCUCACAGGAGAGGAAUGGAAGACCUGCAAGGAAGUGUGCAACAUAUUGAGCCCAUUCGAAGAAAUGACCAAUUCGAUGAGUGGCGAAAAAUACAUGACAGGAAGCGCCGCGAUUGUGGUCACCCCGUGUCUUAAAGGUGUUUGCGAACGGUUUGCCCGAAAUUCUACCUUCUCUGCAGCGACAGAAAAAGUUGUCAGCUCAUCACGUCGGGGAUUGACUGAUCGAUUUGGAAAUAUAGAAAAAAUUAUCCCGCUGGCGAUUUGCACCCUUCUAGAUCCCAGAUAUAAGCAUCAUGUUUUUCAAGAUGAUUCUGCACUUUCCGCGGCUAAAACUUUUUUGGAGAACUUAACAAUAGAAAUGAUCGAAAAAAACACAAAUGAAAUUAUGGGCGAUAAGCAACCACAAGCAUCUCCAAUAUCACGAGCGAAAAAAGAGAUCGAGAGUUAUUUUCAAGAUGACAUUCUCCCACGUCGGGAUGACGACGGAAAUAGCAGUAAUGUUUUAAAUUGGUGGAAAACAUUCCGGCAUAUUUACCCCAAUUUAGUCAAAAUAUUUCGUUUCAACUGCAAUAUCGUCGCAACCUCCGUUCCUUGUGAACGUAUAUUUUCAAAAGCUGGUAACCUUAUUAGUGAAAAACGUACCAGGCUAUCAUCUGAGAAAGUCGAGUUAAUUUUGUUUUUGAAUGCAAAUUUGGAGUCCUCAGAUAAAUGA